AUGUCAGGAAGAGGUGGAUUUAGAGGAGGCCGUGGCGGCCGUGGUGGGUUCAGAAACUCUGCCCCACAAGGCCCUCCAGACCAAGUUUUUGAAAUGGGAGCUUUUCUCCAUGCCUGUGAAGGUGACAUUGUGUGCCGCUCCAUCAAUACCAAGAUUCCAUACUUCAAUGCUCCAAUCUACUUAGAAAACAAAACUCAAGUGGGGAAAGUCGAUGAAAUUUUGGGACCUUUAAAUGACGUCUAUUUCACCAUCAAGCCUUCUGAAGGGGUACAGGCCACUUCUUUCUCCGAAGGAGACAGAUUCUAUAUUGCCGGAGACAAAUUGUUACCAAAAGAAAGAUUCACACCUAAACCUAAGGUUGUUGGCCCAAAGCCAAAGAAACCAAAGAAUGUUGGUGGUUCUCGUGGUGGCAGGGGCGGCUUCGGUGGUAGAGGUGGCUUCGGUGGUAGAGGUGGCUCCAGAGGUGGAUUUGGUGGUAGAGGUGGCUCCAGAGGUGGCUUCGGUGGUAGAGGCGGUUCCAGAGGUGGUUUCAGUAGCAGAGGUGGUUCCAGGGGUGGUUCCAGAGGUGGUUUCAGUAGAGGCAGAGGUGGUUUUGGUAGAAGCUAG